UGUUUGGUUGCUUAGAAAAUUUCAGGAAAAAAAGAAAAGAGUUGAACUGUUUUAAUGACAGGUUAGGGCUAAGAAGCCUCUGAUUUUGGGUGAAGGCAAGUCAAUAAGCGACUGCUCAGUCUGCUUUGCGUAUUUGAGGGGAUUAUCAGUUCAAAGAUAUGAAGGGACGUGUAAGAUGGGAUGAGGCUAAUCUGGGUGAAAUUGAGGCAAACAAACCUGUGAGGCAGAAAAUAACUGAACCCAAGACACCUUAUCACCCCAUGAUUGAUGAGGAUGAUGAGCAUGGGUCUGUAUCUCCCAUACGCGGUGAUUUAGAUGAUGGCUGCGAUAAUGUCAUUCAUGCAGAGGCAAUACGAAAUGCUUUGAAUGAUGUAGCUUCUUCAAGUAGAAACGCUUCUCUCUCUGGUGGCUGGACAUCAUCUGAUGAUGAGGCAGAUGCAAUGGAACAAGAUGAUGAAGACUUCGAAACAGACAGGAACGGUAUGAGUUUUAAUGAGCACCGGCGAGCACACUAUGAUGAGUUCCGAAAAGUGAAAGAACUCCGGAAACAGGGUUCAUUUAUGGAGGAUGAAGCUGAUGAGGACAAUGAGGGAAAGGAAAAUGGAGGAAGAUGCGAUUCAUCUUCAGCAAGGGCUCGUUCAAAAGAAGGCAGCUCAACUUUGCCUAAGAAACCAUCGGCACCGCCCAAUGGGGUUUAAGCUCACAAGCAUAGCUAACUGGCCUUAUUUUUCUGCAAUUUUCUGGUAUUUUAGUGCCAAAUGACUCUUAUGACUCCAUGUUUCCUUUAAUUUGCUUUUUGCAAUUUUCUUGUAAAGAUGCUUUUCUUCUUGGUGUGUCAUCUGACAAAGCUUGCUUUCCAGCAGAAUUUCAUGGGUUUUAAUUGGGCUUAUACAUGUCCAUCAUUCAGGCACAUAGUGUUGGACCUUCCUAAUUUCACAGAUUUGAACAAUUAUUAAACUUCAGAAUUUAUUUUAGAUGCAAAAUAUCAAGGCUGAGGAUCUUGAUCUUGUUGCUGGAAUGAGAAAAAUGGUUGGCUUCAGCUGCGUGGAUCUUCGGUCUACAGAGCACCGAAGCUUCCUUAGUUAUGGUUGAAGGAGGUACAGGCUUGGGCCUCUUUGGGAAUUGAAUCAAGAGAGUCAUGAAUAAAUGGAAAUGGAGAUGAAGAGCGGCAUUGUGUAACGCUACAUGUAAUGUAAUUACUUAUCGGAUAUGGUAUGAAAAAUUGCUUAUGGGA